AUGGAUAUCAAGCAGCACGCACGGGCCGCUCUCAGCAGCCGCAAGACGGACGGCAAGGGCCUGCGCGUGGCCAUUGUGCACACGCAGUGGAACGCAGAGAUCGUGAACUCGCUCGUGCUGGCCGCGCAGACGGAGCUCCGGAGCGCUGGCGUAGCUUUGGACGACGUGGUCAUCGUCGCGGUCUCGGGCGCUUACGAGCUCCCGUAUGCCGCGAAUCGCCUCAUUCUGUCGCAGAAACUGGACGCCGUGAUCUGCAUUGGCUGUCUCAUAAAAGGGGACACGAUGCACUUUGAGUACAUCUGUGACGCCGUGGCGCAGGGCAUCAUGCGCGUGCAGCUGGACACGAACGUGCCCGUGCUCUUUGGUGUCUUGACGGUGCUCAAUGAAGAGCAGGCGAGAGACCGCGCGGGACUCUCGGACAAGGGCCAUAACCACGGGACUGAGUGGGCACAGACAGCUGUUGAGAUGGCGCGUCUGCGCGAAGCCACGCUCAAGAGCGGCUGUCCGAUGCGCGCUCCCGAACAUUUGCCGUACGACAGCUUAAGCAACUGUCCGUUCUUUUCAGUCUCGACGUGGCUGCACGUCGCUACUCUUGGUGCAAUUGGAGUUGUCAUUGCUCUCGUCUCGAAGAAGCUCACGUAA